AUGGGUGUCAUGCUUUCCGUCCUUCUCAUUCCCGAUACUCCUCCGAAGAAUAGACUUCAACUCCACACCACCAACGACAACCAUCUCCUGGUCUCUUCUCAUCCCUCAUCCUCGUUUCUCAUUUCUCCCACGGUGAAGACCUCUCUUUUGUCUCAUUUUGGCCCUCACAGCAACAGAAGUUGCUGCUUUCCCCAAACUCGCCGAAGUCUGAAGAGCAUCGCCGACGUCUUGCUCAACCCCAGUGCGGCAAGCACAGCACCUCUGCUCAAAGUUCACAAGAAACGAGCUACCUGGGACAUGAAAUCUCAGUAUGUCAGCACGUCAGGUGCUCAUGCCUUCGUGCCACCCAAGGGCCGUGCUGGUGACGUUUGUGGCCCUUGCGCAGGUCUGAACGCUGCUGCGAACCGCGACUAUAUUCCCCAUAAUGGUGUCGGCACUAUUGGCGACUUUAUCAACAAUACCAACGAAGCCUACGGCAUGGCAUUGGAUCUCGGCGGUUUCGACUGUCUUGGUCUCACAACCACCGAGUCCGGGAAGUCCAAAUACACGCCUGGCCAUGAAUGUAUCCCGGAUAACUGGUAUAAGCGCGACAUCGGCGACGAGUACACGAUCCCGGGUUUCUUCGUUGAUACGCUUGAUUUCGGCGAGAAGUAUCCUCCCCUUCUCGGCAUCACUGGAAACGCUGGCAAAACUGACUCUCUCACUAUCGUUGACCUUGGGUCUUUGACGAAGGGUGUCUCCAAUGCUGGGGACUUGUUGAAGGGCAACAACUUGGAGUGUUACUUGCUUCAGGUUUCUCAGGCUGCUCCUCCUGACAUCGCGGGCGCGGAGAGCGAUGCUGGGAAUAUGUUGAGCUCGCUUACCACUACUGUUGCGGAGAGACUUGCAGGUCUUGCGUACCCAACAGCUAGAUAG